GUCCCUAGGUCUGGGGUCUUUGGAACCCGAGUACCUCGCACCUGGACCGCAGCUCCGAACUCCCACGCUUUGUCCCCAGCGUUGUCACUGAUAGCUACAGGCGUGUGGACACCGCGCGUAGUCAAGCGGGUCAUAUAGAUGCCCGUGCCCCAUUUUAAAACAAAGCUCAAUUAUAAGCGCGCAGCGGCCUGUUUAUCCCAGCCCAGCCUCAGAUCCCCGAGGGCUGCCGUCAGAUAGCACCCAGAGGAAGUUCCAUCCCGACAGAAAGAGCCGGGUCCGGACCCAAGUGACCCGUUUGAGACCCUCGGCUCGUUCAGGUGCCGACAGCAAGAGCCUAGGCAGGCAGAUGUGGAGAGUGGGGGGCGGAGGACUCAGUCUCCCAUUCGGUGCAAUGGGACGUACUGCGUGCUGGGUAACCAGACUGUACUUCGCGCGCUGACGGUGGGUGGCAGGGGUAGCAAUGCCUCCGCCUCCGGGAACCCCAUCUUCCCACGGUCCCCACUCCCCCCUGGCCAGGGCUGCACGCGCUGCGCUGCUUCUAAAGUGCGUCACGGACCGCACCGGCCGCGCAGCUCCACCGGCCUGGGUGAGGCUGGCUCCGGGCCAGCGCAGGCUGGGCCAGCAACGCCUGGGCCAUCACCCCGCCUAGACACCCGGGCGUAGAAAGCGCUCAAGUUGCGCAGCACCGGGAUCGCAGCCGGGGACACUCCGCUAGGGGCUCGGCGCCCCCCGGUCGGCCUCUGCAACCCCCGGGGGCACGAGGUGACAGCCCCCUCAGUUCCUUAGGCGCGCGGAGCCCCAGAGAUUUCUUCAGGAUCAACUACGCGGCGGCCUCCCCCGGCUCCUUGCCCCGCCCCGGGUCUCCGCCCCCUCCCCUUGGCUAGGGACCUGGACCCGGCGGCGACCGCCUAAGAAGCUCGGGCAGCCCGGACCGGGAGGCGGCUGGGGGCCGCGGAGCCGCUGGUCACCGACUCUCCCCGCCAUGUGACUCGGUCCUCCUGCCCGCGACCCCAGUGCCAGCGCCCGCGCCCUGCCGCGCUGAGCAUCAUGCUCCUGCCGGGACACCCGCGCCCGCCGCCCGCGCCCCAACCCGCGCAGAAUCCCGGCCUCCGCAGGCAGGUAGAGCCUCCCGGGCAGCUCCUGAGUCUCUUCUACUGCACGGUCCUGGUGUGCUCCAAAGAGACCUCGGCGCUCACCGAUUUCUCUGGUUACUUAACCAAACUCCUGCAAAACCACACCGCCUAUGCCUGUGACGGGGACUAUUUGAAUCUACAGUGCCCUCGGCAUUCUACAAUAAGUGUCCAGUCGGCAUUUUAUGGGCAAGAUUACCAAAUGUGUAGUUCCCAGGAGCCCACCUCCCAGAGGGAAGACAACUUGACCUGUGUGGCGCCCACCACUUUGCAGAAGGUGCUGGACGAGUGCCAGAACCAGCGGGCCUGCCACCUCCUGGUCAAUAGCCGCGUCUUCGGACCUGACCUUUGUCCGGGAAGCAGUAAAUACCUCCUGGUCUCCUUUAAAUGCCAACCUAAAUUGAAGAACAAGACCGUGUGUGAAGACCAGGAGCUGAAACUGCACUGCCAUGAGUCCAAGUUCCUCAACAUCUACUCGGCCACCUACGGCCGGAGGACACAGCAAAGAGACGUCUGUCCCUCGGAAGCAGAGCUGCUGCCCCCCUUUGACUGCCUGUCUUACACGGCUUUGCAAGUCCUGUCCAGGCGGUGCUACGGGAAGCAGAGAUGUAAGGUCCUCGUGGAUAAUUACCACUUCGGGAGCCCCUGUCUUCCAGGAGUGAAAAAAUACCUCACUGUUGCCUACGCCUGUGUUCCCAAGAACAUACUCACAGCGAUCGACCCAGCCAUUGCUAAUUUAAACCCUUCCCUGACGAAAGACGAUGAAUACGGUUUAAAAUUCGACCCGAGUGGAUCAAGGGUUGUAAGGAAAGAUGGCGUUAUCGUCAGCAACUCUCUGGCUGCGUUUGCUUACAUUCGAGCCCACCCGGAGAGAGCCGCCCUGCUGUUCGUGUCUAGUGUCUGCAUUGGCCUGGUCCUCACACUGUGUACCCUGGUCAUCAGAGUGUCCUGUACCAAGGACCUCCAGGAGCUGAGGCAGGGCAGGGAGCAUCUGGUGCUAGGAAGCGACAAGGCUGAGGAGGACAGCGAGGAGGACGUGGAAGAGGAGUCCUCAGACUCCGAGUUCCCCGUGGAACUGUCCAGGCUUUGCAGGACUUCGUAUCCAGCCUACAGCUCCAUAGAGGCCGCUGAGUUGGCAGAAAGAAUUGAGCGCAGGGAGCAAAUCAUUCAAGAGAUAUGGAUGAACAGUGGCCUGGACCCCUCGAUUCCGAGGAGCAUGGGCCAUUUCUACUGACGACCAGACGCAUCUGGGGGAGACCACACUUUGUGAAGAGGGAAGGACCCAGGGUGCCCCGCCUCCCUACCCCUCGGGUUCUGGUUCACUUGUACCUUCUGUGAAGGAGAGUCUGUUGUGUCCUCCGAGACGGGUGAAGCCGGGUCAAAGGGACGCCGCGCACUGUUUACAGCACACCCUAGAAUAAAUUAGGAGGAAGGAGA